AAGAACGGCUGCUUCCAUUCCAUGCCGCUUGGUUACUCGCAUACACACACUGGCGCGCGCGCGAAAUCGAUAAUUCUGCGAUGGAUUUGGUCGCGGGAGGAGUGAUUCGCGGACUCCCGUCAUCCUGGGAACGCAUCAGAUCGCCGAGGACUCCGCUCUUUCUCAGUUCUUGGGCUUCUCGCCGCCGCGUUGCUUUUGCGGCGUGCUCGUCAUGCCCGCUGGUUGUUUGUCGAAAUGCCUCAGCGGUGGUGCCGUUCGCCAAGAAAAAAAGGAAGGGGGGAAGUGAGGAGCCGCCUGAUGAGGAGGAGGGUGAUGAUUUUGUUGAUGAGAUGGAGGGUGAAGACGAUGAUGAUGAGGAGGAGGAGGAUGUUGAUGAUGAUGAUCUAUUGGAUGAUAACGAGGAUGAUGAUGAUGACUAUUCUUUUGAAGAUGAUUUUGAGAGUGAUGAUGAACAAGAUCUUUAUGUUGGGGAUGGAGGUGCUGGUGGCGGAAUAUCACUUGCUGGCACAUGGUGGGAUAAGGAAGCAUUGGCUUUGGCAGAGGAGGUCUCAAAUUCAUUUGAUGGAGACUUAAAAAUUUAUGCUUUCAAGACAGCUGCUAAUUUAACCAUCAGAGUACGCAUUGAGAAGAUGUCAACCAGGUAUGGUUCUCCAACCAUAGAUGAUAUCGAAGCGUUCACAAUUGCAUACCGUGCAAAGAUUGAUGAUGCAGAGUCAGCAGGCAGGAUACCACAAAACAUAUCCUUGGAGGUGUCAUCCCCUGGUGUGGAGAGGGUUAUCCGCAUCCCUGAUGAUCUUGAACGCUUCAAAGAACGGGCCAUGUAUGUCAGGUACACCAUUACAAGCGACGGCGGAGAAGGGAUGACGCCUCAGGAAGGCGAUGGAGUUUUCAGGCUCAUCUCCUACGACAUGGACCUGUGCGAGUGCACCUGGGGUAUAGCUGAUGUGAAGAUCAACAGGCAGCAGGCCGGCAAGGGAAGGCCCCUGAGCAAGAAGCAGAGGGAGUGGCGGCUGCAGACGCCAUUUGAGUCACUGAAGUUGGUCAGGGUGCAUUCUGACUGCUGACUGAUCAGAUGCCUCUUUUGAGUAAAUUUUUGUAGCCAUCUGUUGUAAUUUUGUAUCAUAGGUAAAAGGUGCUCUGCCAUUGUGUGUGUGCAGUAGCUAUAUCUGAAAAAACGUUUGUUAUAGCAAGUGCCAACACCCAACAGUUACAUUCAGUGAUCGACGAGAUGAGUUUUUCUCCUCCUCCUAA